AUGAGACUCACCCCAGUUGUUGCGAUCUUAGUCUCCACUGCUAUGGCUUUGGAGUGGCUGUCUGUUGUGCCUCUUCACGCGCGCCAGGUCACUAGCGGAGCCAAAUACGAGUGUCACGAGAAUUGCGGCUAUGCUAUUCUUGGAGCCGACCAAGCCGGUUAUUGCACCAACUCGACUUGGACGGAUUAUUUCGAGGGCUGCCUAAAGUGUGCAAAUGCGUUUAGUAUCUGGCAAUACUACGGGGACGGCGUCACAGAAGCUGCGGACGGAUGUGAUCUCGACGCGACGCCUAUCACUGCUUCAAACAGCACCACCAACGCGACUACCACGGCCAGCACAUCUGGUACAGCUGGCGCAUCGUCCACUACCUCCCCUACCGGCUCUACUUCGUCCGCCAUCCCAACUACCGACGCGAGCGCUGCAAUCAGCCACCAGCCUGGCAUCAUUGUGUUUGCAUUGGCUACUAUUAUGGCUGUAACCCAGCUCUUGUAA